GUGAUAUUUUCGCACUGAUGCACUGCAAUACGGCAUCUCCGUUCCCGCGCCGCUUGAUGCAGUGAAGUUGAAACUUUUUCACACAAUUCACUUGACGAAAUAACCUAAAAUCUUAUUACUAAGAAUGAUAGCAACGGAUCAUUCACACGGAUACGACUGCAACUUUUUAACGCCACAGCCAUCUUUAAUUUGCACUGUCCUAUGCAAACACAGCUGCCGUGAGUCAACCACGAGUUUCGUUAAUUACUGUCAUAAAAUAAGUCGCACGACGUAGUACUUAAGUCUUUAAUAUUAUUUAAUUUAAAUCAAUUUUCUUUUAUAAUUCGACAUAAUAUAUACAUAUUUUAAAAUAGUGAAAAUAGAAAUAAAUGCUGAAACUGAUAUUAAUGAUUUGGAUUAAAUUAAAAAUUUUUAAAAAACGUUUGGAUUAUCCAUAUUUUGCCAGAAAAAUAAAAAUUAUCGUCAAUGGACACUGAUGAAAAACCUGCAGAAGAUGAAGAUAAUUCUGCAAAGACAUCGUUGUAUUCGAACAAAGAGUAUGGAGAGUUAUCUAACAAUGAACUAGAAGUAACAAAACAAAAUAGUCAGUUUUCAACAUUGAAUGAUAAUGAUAUUAUCGAUGAUCAAGUACAUGAAUUAAAAGAGAUUGUUAACAUUCGUUCAGAAGCCAGUAUUCAUCAAGAACUUUCCCUCCAAGUUAAAACACUAUCAGCAAAAAAGAAUACAAAUUCAAAAGCAUGUAAAGGAACUCUCGAAGAGCCAACGUUAACAGAAACACAAGAAAUAGUACUCAAUAAUCACCAAGAAAAUCCAAAAAUAUUAGAGAUAGAAAAACAAGUACAAACAGGUGAAAUCACUCCAUUUGAAGCAGAUUUAAAGAAAAAAUCGGCUGGAACAUCUGCAAAUGUAUUUAAUGCAACGACAGGUUUAUUAGAUUUAGAAAAAUAUCUUCGAAGGCAAGCUGAGGUAGCAGCAAAAAAGAAAAAACAAAAGCCAGUCGUAGAACAAAAACUUUCAAAAGAAAAAAAAAGUCAAAAUUCAAUAAAAAAAUGUACAAAGAGUCAUAAGAGAGAAAGAAAAAAAAGUACUGAUUCUUUUUCUGAAAAAAAAUCUUCAGUUGAUCUUCCUACUUCAUCAUCAGUUGUUGUGAAUCCAUCAAAACUUCCAAAGAAUACUACAGAAGAUGGAAGUGAUACUGGAAGUGAAUAUAUUCCAAGUGAUGAAGAAUUGUCAGAUGAAGAUAAUAAAAAACGACCUACAAAACGAAAAAAGUCACUGUCAGAAUCAGUUCAUAAAAAGCGCAUUUUAGAUGAUGGAGAUGAAUCUUUGUACAGAAAAAGAAUAGAACACAGAAAGUUUAAGUCAAGUAGUCUUCGAACAGUUGAUAAUUUAUUCAAAGUUCCAAAAUCUCUUUGGAAAAAACUUUAUGAGUAUCAAAAAGUGUCGGUCCGUUGGCUUUGGGAGUUACAUGGACGCAAUCUAGGUGGAUUAUUAGGCGAUGAAAUGGGUUUAGGAAAGACCGUCCAAGUUAUUGCAUUUUUUGCUGGUUUAGACUGCAGUGAGCUUUUAUCUGACGGUGGGAGAUUUCGAGGUCUUGGGCCUACAUUGAUUGUAUGUCCAGCAACAUUAUUAGAACAAUGGGUUCAACACUUCCAUGAUUGGUGGCCUUCAUUACGGGUAGUUACUUUACAUCAAUCAGGAACCCACCGAGGAGAACCUGAAGAAUUGUUGGAAAGUUUAAAAACUGGUGGUAUUUUAUUAACUUCAUACUCCGGAGUAUUGAGACAUGUAGAUAUUUUAGUACCUUUUCAAUGGCAUUAUGUAGUUCUUGAUGAAGGACAUAAAAUUAGAAAUCCUCAGGCAAAAGUUACUAAAGUAGUAAAGAAAUUUUCUACCCCUCAUCGUCUUUUAUUAACGGGAAGCCCUAUGCAAAAUUCUCUGAAAGAACUCUGGUCGCUAUUCGAUUUCAUUUUACCAGGGAAACUCGGCACCCUUGAUGCAUUUAUAGAACAUUGUGCUACACCAAUAACACGAGGAGGAUAUGCAAAUGCUUCAUCGUUGCAAGAAGCUACAGCUUUUCAAGUAGCAACAAUGCUGAAAGACGCUAUCAGUCCUUACAUGUUGAGAAGAACUAAAAAUGAUGUUAAGCAUCAUAUUAGCUUGCCAGAAAAAAAUGAACAGGUUUUAUUUUGUAGUUUAACUGAAGAGCAAACUAAUUUAUACAAAGAAUUUUUGCGAUCGGAACAUGUUAGUACAAUUUUACAUGAUAAAAGUUCGGUUCAAGGGGAUGGUAAACAUAGAGCAAGGCUUUUAGUGGCUUUAACAACACUGAGAAAAAUUUGUAAUCAUCCAGAUCUGUAUAUUUAUGAUACUUACACUGAAGAUUCUGAUCAAGAAAUGAAAUUAGAUGAAGACAUUGAUCUAGAAAAAUUUGGAUACUGGAAAAAAUCUGGAAAAAUGACCGUAGUAAGGUCUUUAUUAAAGAUUUGGAAAUCUCAAGGACACAGAGUUUUACUUUUUACUCAGGGGAGACAAAUGCUACACAUUUUAGAAGCUUUAAUCCAACAAGAAAAAUAUUCAUAUUUAAGAUUAGAUGGCUCUACGCCGAUGGUAGAACGUCAGAGAACAAUAAGAAAAUUUAAUGAAGAUACUUCGUACCUGGUUUUUAUUUCUACUACGAGAGUUGGUGGGUUGGGGAUUAAUUUAACUGGUGCUGAUCGUGUAGUUAUAUAUGAUCCAGAUUGGAACCCUGCUACUGAUACUCAAGCUAGAGAACGAGCUUGGAGAAUCGGACAGAAUAAAAAAGUCACCAUUUAUAGACUGAUUACUGUAGGAACAAUAGAGGAAAAAAUUUAUCAUAGACAGAUUUAUAAAUUAUUAUUAUCUAAUAAAAUACUUGAUGAUCCUCGUCAGAGAAGGCUUUUUCAAACUUCUGAUUUAACAGAAUUAUUCCAUUUAAAUGAACCAAUUGAUGGUGCUGCUUCAGAAUCUGAUAGACUUUUUGGAAGUUCGAAUGUUAAACGGAAUCAUUUACAAAAUGAUGGGAAAAAUUCUGAUUCUCAUGAAAAAAAUCACGAAAAAAAACGAAGUCAUAAGAAUAAAAAAAUAUCUGCACUGUUUGAAGGUGAAGAAAUAUCUUGUUUGGCUGGUCGAAGACUUGCACAUUCAGAGGAAGAAGAUAAAUCAGUUGUUGAUGAUGAUAAUUAUGUUUUAAAGAAAUUAUUUUCAAAAACAACUGUUAGUUCAGCGUUGGAACAUGAAACAAUCUUAUCUAGUGUGAAGUUAGAUUCUGAUACGGCAACUCCAAUGCAAAAAUUAGCCCGAGAAACUGCUCAAGAAAGUAUGGAAUUUGUUCGUCAAUCAAGAAAAUGGUGUUGGAGACCAUCAUGGGAUUAAACUAAGUUUAAUAUCAACAAAACCUUCUUAUAAAAU